AUGAGAUACAGUCGGAGCCUACACGUAGUUGGUCUGGUGUGCGCGUUAGUACUGCUGGGCGCACACAGGGCAAUUGGCUGGGAGCUGUCGUACGAGGAGUACCACGCAGCACAUUUGAAUGAGGCUAUCAGCCUCGACGACGACGGCGAUAAGCCGGGCAGCAGCAGCAGCAGCAAUCUGCUGCUGCCGUUUAACAGGACGCGCGUUCCCGGGUCCGAAGGUUCGCGCGAGGUCCGGGAGUUCAUUGUCGAGCACUUCAACUCGACACUGGCAGGCGAGUGGGCCGUGGAGACGCAGCCUUUCGAGGAGAACGGCUACAACUUCACCAACCUCGUGAUGACGCUGCAGAACAACGCCAGCGAGUACGUGGUGUUAGCCGCCCACUACGACACCAAGAUCGAACCCGCGGGCAUGGUGGGCGCCAUCGACAGCGCGGCCUCGUGUGCCGCGCUGAUGUACGCAGCACAAUUCCUGACGCAUGUCGCGCGCUACGAGCGCGCGACAGAGCAGGCGAAGCUGGAGACAGUGGGCCCCGUAGUGACGGGCUCUACGCUGGGCGUGAAGAUCGUGUUCUUUGACGGUGAAGAGGCGUUCGAGGAGUGGGGGCCCGAGGACUCGAUCUACGGGGCCCGGCGGCUGGCAGCGCAGUGGCUAGCGGACGGCACGAUGCCGUCCGUGCGCCUGCUGCUGCUGAUGGACCUGCUGGGCAGCGGCGAGGAGGAGCCGCUGGUGCCCAGCUACCACGCAGACUCCCACCAGGAGUACCAGCUGCUCAACCGGAUCGAGGACGACCUGCUAUUCCGGCGCAGCGGCGACUCCGCGUCGGAGUCGCCGCUAGCCGCCCAGGCCGCCCGCCAGCGCAAGCGCCUCGACCCCACGGACUACCGCUACCUAGCGCUCGGACGCGCGGUCGUCGACGACGACCACACGCCGUUCCUGGCCGCGGGCGUGCACGUGCUGCACGCGAUCCCGCUGCCGUUCCCGAGCACAUGGCACACCGUGCGCGACGACUUCCGCCACCUGGAUGCCGCGGAGACGCGCCACUGGGCGUUGCUGGUGUGCGAGUUUGUGGUGCAGUCACUGCGCGCCCGUGCUCAGUGA